AUGGAGCUAGCGGAGGAUUGUGAAUCUACUACAGAGAAAUCCAACGUGGCUGGUAAUGGUGCCAUUGAAACGCAGGAGAAUGCUGCUCAAUCAUGGUUGAGGGGUGCUACUUUCAGAGAAGUUCUAGGGUCAGAUGUUAGCCAUAAGUCGCUUUUCGUCCUACUGUCAGGAGUAAACGGUGAACAGGGAGUUCUUCUCAUGAAUAAGUCGGCUUUCUCAGAAGACGCGAACGACAUUAACGCGAUUCUCCAUUCGGCCGAAUUGCUUGAGGUUAUGAAGAACGACAUAUAUGGGAGCUACAAUGCAAUAGUGGCAAAAUAUCGUCAGGAAGAGAAAUUCAUUAUCAACGAGACGGCAGAAGACUAUCGCACGAUUACUGUGGAAUACAUUGAGAAGUUUCAAAUGGAUCUCAAGUGGGUUUACAAUAUAUUAUCUAAGGAGUGUGAGGCUGAGAGGAUUUUAUUCGAGGAUCCUGAUCCCUACAAUGGUUUUAUCCUGGCUCCGGAUAUUAAAUGGGACAGUGUUUCUCUCGAGAACCUUUAUGUGCUGGCAAUGAUUCAUCGAAGAGGAGUCCGUUUGAAGUACGAUGCGCCCGCUAGCUCGACAUUAGCAGCUGUUUUGCUCGAUGAUGUCAUCAACAACUUGAAAAUAGCACCAGAUUACUACAGAAGAGCAACCUUAUCGUUUACGAGGAAAAAUUCCGAUAAACUUUUGCAAAUGUUCAGGGAAGCUGGUCGUUGUGAGGCAUGA